AUGCCACUAAAUUUAGAUAUAAAAAAAAAAUUAAAUUCACGAAUUGGUAAAGUAAAAUGUGUUGAUAUUCACGAAACAGAAACGUGGAUACUUGCAGCUUUAUAUAAUGGGAAGCUAAUUAUAUUUGAUUAUGCAAAUCAGAACACGAUUAAAAAUAUUGAAGUGUCAUUAUUUCCAUUAAGAUGUGCUAAAUUUAUUGAAAAAAAGCAAUGGAUAAUAUGUGCAGGUGAUGAUAUGGCUGUUAGGGUGUAUAAUUAUAAUACCUUUGAAAAAAUUAAAACGUUUGAAGAUCAUACUGAUUAUAUAAGAUAUAUUGAAGUCCAUCAAACUCUUCCUUACAUUUUAACAAGUUCGGAUGAUAUGACUAUAAAGCUAUAUGAUUAUGAAAAUAAUUUCGAAAAAUUAUGCUCUUUUGAAAAUCAUAUUCAUUAUGUAAUGAUGUGUAAAUUUAAUCCUAAGGAUACUUAUAUAUUUGCAUCAGCUUCAUUAGACAAAACUAUUAAAAUAUGGGGAGUUCAAAAUAAUACUCAUAUAGUUACAAAACCACAUUUUACCUUAACAGGUCAUACAAAAGGAGUUAAUUGUAUUGAUUAUUCAUCUUCUGGAGAAACUUCUUAUAUAAUAAGUGGAAGUGAUGAUAAAACAAUACGUAUAUGGGAUUAUCAUACCAAACAGUGCAUUCAAGUAUUAUCUGGUCAUACACAAAAUAUAUCAUGCUUGAUAUACCAUAGCAACUUACCAAUAAUUAUUUCAUCCUCAGAAGAUUGCAAUGUUAAAAUAUGGAAUAGCUCUAUGUUUAAAUUAGAGACCACAUUAAAUUAUAAUAUGGACAGAUGUUGGUCAUUGUGUGCAAAAAAAACAAAAAAUGAUUUAUGUAUAGGAUAUGAUGAAGGACUAGUAGUAAUACAAAUUGGAUCAGAUAAACCUAUCUUUACUAUGUUUAAAAAUAAAAUAAUUUACAUAAAGAAUACUGAAAUAUACAUUAUAAAUUUGCAAAAUGUAGGUGAUGAUUACAAUGAUGGUGACAUAUAUAAAGUAAAUAAAAAAGAAUUAGGAAACUGUGAUUUUUAUCCAACAAAUGUUUCUUUUCAUCCUAGUGGAAGAUUUAUUUGUGUAAAUGGUCAUCACGAAUUUAACAUUUAUACAUCUCAAGUAUUAAGAAAUAAAGCUUAUGGAAAGAGUGCCUUUUUUGUUUGGUCUCAUAAUGGAGAUUAUGCAGUAAAAGAAGAAACUAAUAAAAUUAGUAUUUAUAAAGAUUUUUCUUCUACUCAUUCCUUUCAAACUCCUUACACAGUUACUCAAUUAUUUGGUGGAUAUUUAUUAGGCGUAAAAUCAAAUAAUUUCAUUUGUUUUUAUGAUUGGAAUGAUUACAAUCUUAUACGAAAGAUAGACAUCAAUGUGAAAGAUGUUUACUGGAAUGAAUCAGGUACCUAUGUGGCUUUAUCUACAGAAGAUACCAUUUAUAUUUUAAGUUAUUCUAAUUCAUAUGUGAAUACUAUGAAAAAUAACUUAACAAAAAAUAAUGAUAGCAAUAAUAUUAAUGAAAACAAUACAAAAAAUAUAGAAGCUGAAGAAAAAAACUGUUUUGAACUAGAAAAUGAAACUAAAGAAUCUAUUGAAAGUGGAAUAUGGAUAUAUGAUAGUUUUUUAUAUAUUUCUAGUAACUUAAGAUUAUAUAUAUAUACAAAAAAAUUUAUUGAUAUAUAUGCAUAUAUUGAUAAAUAUCUAUACAUAUGUGGAUAUGUAUAUGAAUAUGAUAGAAUUUUUUUACUUGAUAAAAAUUAUAAUUUUUAUAGUUUUUAUUUGCCCAUUACUUAUUUGCAAUAUCAAAAAUAUAUCAUGAAUAAAGAUUUUAUUUCAGCAGAUAUGAUAAUAAAAAAAAUUCCUGAAUCUUUAUUCAAUAAAUUAAGUAUGUUUUUAGAGAAAAUGGGUUAUAAAAAUAAAGCAUUAAAUAUAUGCAAUGACUUAGAAAAAAAAUUUGAACUAGCUUUAUCUAUAGGAAAUUUGCAAUUAUGCGUAGAUAUAAUAAAAGAAUUAGAAAAAAAAGAAAAUAAUUCUUUUAUACAAAAUAAAUACAAAAGUUUAGGGGAUACUGCUCUAGUUUAUAAUGAUAUACCUAUGGCUAUAUAUUGUUAUAAGAAAACGAAUGAUUUUUCAUCAUUACUAAUAAUUUUAUCAACUUUAGGAGAUAAAAUAGGAAUAGAAGAGUUAGGUGUUAUGUGUUUAAAUAACCAAAAAUAUAACAUUGCUUUUAUAUGUUAUUUUUUAUUGCACAAAAUAAACAAAUGUAUAAAUAUUUUAUUAUAUAAUAAUAAUUUUGCAUAUGCAGCUUUUUUCGCAAGAGUAUAUAAGCCUUCUUUAUUGCCAAUGAUUUUGGCAAAAUGGAAAGAUCAUUUAAAAAAAAUUAAUCCCAAUUUACCUACUUUAUUAUUAACACCUGAUGAAAAUCCAGAAUAUUUUCCUGAUUAUGAAAAAGCGGUUCAAUGUGAAUCAAUCUUUGACAAAAUAAAAACAUUAGGAAGUACAAAAAAUUAUAAUACUUUAAAAAAAUUAAUUGAUUUAAAUAUAAUUGAAGAAAUUAAGGAAAUUGGUUAUGAAAAGGUAGAAGACAUAUUUCUAAAUCAAUUUAAUGAAGAAUUAGAAAAAGAUGUUCAAAAUUUUGAUACAAAACAUAGUUUAGAUAUGAAAAAAAUGAAUGAAAAUAAAUUUAUAUCACAAAAUUCAGUAGAAGAUAGUAUCGAUAAUAAAUUUAUUGACAUGAAGGUAGACUCAUAUGUAAAUAAUACAAAUUUUUCAAUAAAUAAUGUUCAUGAUAUAAAUAAUCAUGAUAAAUAUAAUAAAAUGGAAGAUCAAGAUCUUAAUAACUUUGAUACGAUAAAUUCAAAUCAUAAAAACAAUUUAUCCCUUGAUAAAUCCAAUGAAGUUAAUGAAAUAAAUAAACAAAUAGAUGAUCAAUACUCCUCACAUAUUAGUAGUAAUGAAAAAAUACAUUCAGAAGAAUAUAAAGAAAAGUUAAAUCAAAGUUACACAAAUUCGAAUGAAAUUUUUGAUAUAACCGAAAAUAAAUAUAUGGAAGAUGUUUAA